AUUAUUAAUCCACUGUGUGUUUAAAUCGGAGUUUAACCUUCCGUCCGCCAAGGGCCACAAUCAAGCGCCGUGUGCGCAUGCGUGCGGCAGGGUUCGAGAAGUGCAAGGUGUACGACGUGAACUUCACGGAGCUGCUGGGCGGCGCGCCCCAGCUGGACCCGCUCCCGCCCGCCAACUCCUCGUGGGCUGCGGUGCCCUGCGCCUUUGGCUGGAAUUACGACAACAGGGACUACGACGUCACGCUCGUCACCAAGAUUCUUGAAAAAUUAUUCUCUUACCUAGGAGGAGCUGUUGAAAUCCCAAGUUAUAUUAUUACAUGGUAUGCAAUGGAUCGUUGGGGAAGGCGAUGGGUUCUUUGCCUCACAAUGCUCCUAGGAGGAAUAGCUUGUGUGUCAUGCAUGUUUGUGCCAGAACAUCCAGUGUGGGUGACGGUUUCUUUGGCAAUGAUUGGAAAGUUCGGGAUAGCAGCAUCAUUUGCUGUAUUUUAUGUAUUUGUCGGAGAGUUAUUGCCAACGGUCAUAAGAAGUCAGGCAAUGGGAAUUGCUUCAUUCAUUGCUGGCAUAGGGUUGUUGGGAUUUCCUUACAUAGUGUACUUGGCUGUAUAUAACAGGGUACUUCCCCUUAUAAUUAUGGGUACAUUGUCAGUAGCUGGUGCUAUUGCCUCUAUAUUUUUACCUGAAACACUAAAUAUUCACUUACCUCAAACUUUAGAAGAGGGAGAAGCAUUUGGAGUCGAUUUCAAGUUACUGAGUUGUCCUACAAGGCAAAGAUCUCGACAACAUUCUGCAGUGGAUUAUAUUCCUGCACAUAAAAUGGCAAACGGCAUGAUAGACACAGCUGAAAGUGAAAGUUCAGAAUCUCAUCAAGAUUUGCCUAAUCCUAGGUUUGUAUAAACCAUGAAAGAACUAUGUGAAGCAAAAUAGACACAUUUUGUGAACUUGCGUGUGCCUUCUAGAAAACUUGUAAAAAAGUGUACAAACUGCAUCAGUGAGUGAAAGCUUGAAGACUUGUGACAUAUUUUUAAAUAAAAACAGUGCAAAAUAUUAUAACUUAAUUUAUUUUAAUUAAUUACAAUAAAGUAUUUUACAAUAGUUGUGUUAGGAUAACAAGGAAAGUAUCGGGACACACACGUUACCAUUGAAUUUAACAAACAUACAUAAAUUGUUCUUAUGUGCAUUUAUCAGUCUUUAAAAUUGCACAAAUUGACUCAACUAACAUUAAAUAACUAUUCUAAAGAAGUAGAAACAGCAUGCUAAAAUGACUGAGUAACAAGAGUUUUAAUAUUCUUGCAAAAUGAUGUGAAUAAUAUGUAGUAGUCAUUGAUGAUUAUGUUAUUCUAAUAAUUCAAAGUUUCGAUCUUCUCUCAUUGACAUGAUAAUAUUCUUCUGAGGGUUUUAAAAGAAACCUAUAGAAAUAAAAUAUAUUCAAAGAGUAUUGAAAAUACGUUCAGUCCAAAUAAUGAAAUUGGAAAGAUACAAAUAAUGCAAUAAAAUUUUGUAUGAAAAAAUUAUUUUCUUUUCUUCAUUGGCAUCAUUUAACGAUUUUCAUCCGUUGGAGUACCUGGUAAAUUGUCUAGUGAUACCAAUGAAACACUUCUCUGAAACAAAAAGAAAAGAAUGAGCUUUUUAACUGCUUUGGUGUCCUGUUCUAAUUAUUUGACUGGAAAUGUAAAUAUGUGAAUGUAAAUAAAUUACUUGGUGAAUUCUUAGAUGUGUUCUUAAUUUUGUUACUUUUACAUGUGCUA